GAAGUGUCUUUUUUUCCGCCGGCGCCAUUUUAUGUUUUAUUCAUUUCCUUUGGCGCUUGGCUUCGUAUUUGGUUAUACGGAUUUAAAAAACUGCAGUAAAGAUGGUUAAGAUCUUUGUUGGCAACCUUUCUUCAAACACAACAAAGGAAGACCUGCGCAGUCUUUUCUCGCAGUAUGGAACGAUUUCGGAGUGUGACGUUCUGAGAAAUUUUGGAUUUGUGCAUAUGGAUAAUAAGGAGGAGGCUGAGGAAGCAGUUAGUAAACUCCACCACCACGAGCUCAACGGGCAGUCUAUUAAUGUGGAGAUGAGUCGAGGGAAGCCCAAGGGAACGACUAAACUGCACGUAAGCAACAUAAGCAGCGAGUGCACUAAUCAGGAGCUACGGGCCAAGUUUGAGGAGUUUGGGCCUGUUGUCGAGUGUGAUAUUGUGAAAGAUUACGCCUUCGUACACAUGGAGCGAAAGGAUGAUGCAAUGGAAGCUAUCAGUACGCUGGACAACUCUACCUUUCAAGGCAAGGUGAUAAACGUACAACUCUCCACCAGUCGCCUCCGCACAGUGCCCGGCAUGGGAGACCUAACCGGCUGUUAUGUCUGCGGAGAACAGGGUCACUGGUCCAAAGACUGCAGGCGCAGUCAGAACGGUAGCUAUGGGAUCGGUCCCAUGGGGGGAUUCCGCGGUGGCAGAGGUUUCCCUAGAGGAGGGCCUGGUUAUGGCAGAGGAGUACCAGGAAUGUUCCCCGCCAGGAGCUAUCCACCUGGACUGCCCCCUGGUCCACCUAUGGGCCAUCAGCCCAGCUAUGGGGUCUCACAGGAGUAUGGUGCUGCUGAUGCUCACUAUCUAAGCAAACCAGUGAGCGCCUACCCGGAGAGGCCCUCUCUAUAUGAACGCGACAGCUUCGGUGGCUUUGAUUACUAUGAAAAGUUUCGUGUCCGCCCCUUUGGCUAUUUUGAGGAUAGACGUAUCCCUAUUCCCCCUCCUCCUCCUCUUUCCUCUUCUUCCUCCCUUUCAAGGGUCCGAAUGGUUCCCUCUGGCCUUGACCCCUAUGACCAGCAUGCUCUGCCGCCACCCCCACCAUCCACCGCCUCUGCGUUCUACUCGCGGGACCGUAGCCCAAUCAGGAGAAUCGGCACUGGGUCUGAGGGCUACACAUAUGAGCGUUCACGUCUUUCUCCAGACCAAAGGAGCUCCUCAUAUACCAUGUCACAGUCCACUGACCCCCAAACCGAGCGGGCACGAUAUGCUUUCUAAACUGCACACAUGCCAAGGUGAGCGAAAAGGAGUCAUGACUUAGCAGGAAUUUAUUCUGAUGACAAGAUUGUGUGCUAACACGUCACAGUAUGUUUCACGACAGAGAAUUGUGAUCAUGAUUCACUUGCAGUGCAUAAUGAAAGGAAGCUUCUUCUCUGGUUGUGUGGUUGUCUAAAUGGUGGUUGGAAGUAGGACCCUUACAAAUCUAUUCUGUUGUUUUCCAGGUGCUUUGAAACAGCAGGACUUUGCGAUCAUUUCCUCCACCUCGCUUCGAUCAGAUAGAUAGAUAGAUAGAUAGAUAGAUAGAUAGAUAGAUAGAUAGAUAGAUAUAGAUGGAUAGUGAGAUGCAGGGUUGGAUCUGAGCGAUGCGGGGCUAAAAGGGCACAUAGCUCAGUUACCUUUUACCAGCUCUGAGUUGAGGCAUUUCCUUUUUUUUUUUUUUUUUUUUUUGCACUUCAAUCCUGAUGUGAUCUACUAGUUAUUUCCUUUUUAGUAACCCCUCCCCCAUCUUCAGUUUGGGGGCACUAAAUACAGUGAAUUCCAUAAUUUUAUUUCUUCAUUUAUUUCAGCAAGUAUCAUGUCAACAGUCUUUAUCAAUUUCUUGACAUGGCAGACAAUGUUUUAGAAAAACUUUAUUCUUCAAGCCUGACUUCAAAAAGCUUUAUGGAGAGCAUGAAACCUAAAAUGAACAUUCCUGUUCCCUCACUACUUGCUUUUCUCUUUCACACAGCUAAUUAAAUUGCAUUCUGUUCUGUUCUUACUUUUCUCACUUUCAAACAAGAUGUUUGUGUAUGUUUUAAUGUUGUGACUAAGCUACACAUAAAUAGAGGAAAAGUUGUUACUUAAACUGCCAGUUUAAGUGAUAUUUUCAAAUAUACUGUAAGAUUUUGGAGUUUCUACAUUAACUUUGGGAUGAUUUAGAAUCUCUUUGACCCAAAUUAGGAUUUAUGGGUCAGUUAUUUAAAAUAGUUAAAAAUUUAUUAUUUUAAUCUGUGUGUAACUUUUUGUACACAACAUUUUCCUGUUAACUGGUGGCACAAGGACAUCUGGUAAAAGAAUCUGCAAGCCCACACUUAUUCAAUCCAUAAAUCAGUAUUCACAAUGGAUAUACCAGAUAAGAAAUAAAAAUGUAAUGACCAACUGUCACUCAGGGCUCCGUUAACUUUUGAGAGUGCUGGUGUGUUUGAAACUUCUUUAUGGGUGUGUGGUUGGCAAAUUGUUUAUAAAAUUGAUUUCUUUCAGAAGUCGUCGGGUUUUUUUUUUUUUUUUUGGUUUUUUUUUUAAGUUUUUUUUUUUUUUAAUGUUUUGUAAUAAACCAACGGAUUUUGGCGAAUA